AUGUCUCUCCUUACUAGUGCAGCGCAGGUGUCGCAGCUGUCUCAAUACCUCCUCCUCCUCUCCCUCAUUUUCCCACUCGCUGCUCUCCCCCUUCCCGACGCCACUGUAACGUCUACCUUACGCGGGAACCCAAGCCCCUUGUCGUCCUUCCCCCGUUACAAGCAUGCUCCCCCCGGCGCUCCUCCCGCCCACUCGCUCCUCCAGCAGCUCCGCGCCGCGCCUCGUGGCGUUCAACGGCCCCGAAAUGCGGACCACGUGUCAGCACCCGCGCGCGUGCAGACGGCAUCGUCCGUAGCAUCAGCGGCGGAGAAACAAAAUCCGUCAAAAACACCAUCAGCGGAAGCUUCCGCGUCUGCCUCUGCGUCCGCGCGCUCCGCGGAGCCCCCGACCCCGUUUCCGCCUGCGCCACGGCUGUGGCCGGAGCGGUUCCACGCGGUGCUGUUCCAGAACCGCAGCGGGCGGCUGGCGCUGACGGAGCUGUGGUACGACUGGCCGGGCGGGCGCAACAUGAACGCCAUCCGCCCGCAGCUGUCGGCGGGCACGCUCAUGGACGUGGAGUGGAGCAACGGCACAAGCUUCUACUACAACCUGCAGGAGCGGUCGUGCAAGGUGAUUAAGUUCCCCGUGGGCAUCCUGCGGCCGGACUGGCUGGUGGGGGCGGUGCUGGUGAGGGAGGGCGAGGUGGUGGACGGCAAGUUCCGCUGCCGCGUGUGGACCAAGGCCGACUUCAUUCUCUACUACGAGGACAUGGAGACUGGUUUUCCAGUGAAGUGGAUUUUCCUUGGAAGUGGAGGAAUCUUCCAUGUGCUCUCCUUUGAACCUGGCGCCACCUUGCUCGAUGAACAAUGGCAAGCACCAGCAAUGUGCUUUCAUUAA